GACGUGUAGCAGAAUUUCGUGUCACCCCCUGUUCAAUCAAAAUUCCUUGUUUAAUCUAAAAACAUGUGAUUUAUUGUAAUAAUCUAACAAUAUUGACUCUUGACUCAUUUUCUUGAUUUCUAACAGCGUGUUUUUCCACAACCACCACCCUUCUAGUCCAACUUGGAGAGCUCACUUAUUCUACUGCACUUAAUUAAUUUUGUCUUUGUUUGAGGAAUGGGCUGUCUAUAUAUAUAGAUUGCAAGAAAGAAACUGAUCAAAGACAAAGAAGUCAAACUAUCAUUAAGUAAGAAAAAGAAUAGAUAGAUAUUAGGUGAUUUUGAUCAAUGGAGUUGGAUAUGAUGGAACAAUAUGUGGUAGGUGGUUUCAUUGCUUUGGUUCUUGGUUUGAUGUUAUUACAAAGGUUGAGAAGAGGUGGAGACAAAAACAUAAAAAAGGCUGCGGUUAGAGAUGCGGGAGUUGAGGCUUGUUCAGACAAGGUUGUGCGUGGAGCUGAUGGGCCACCGGAUGUUGUGAUUGUUGGUGCCGGUGUAGCUGGUUCAGCACUGGCUUACACUUUGGCAAAGGAUGGGCGCGUGGUGCUGGUGAUCGAGAGGGAUUUGAGGCAGCCAGAUAGGAUUGUUGGCGAGCUUCUUCAACCAGGAGGCUACCUCAAACUAGUCGAAUUGGGAAUGGAGGAAUGUGUUAGUGGGAUUGAUUCUCAGCAAGUGUAUGGGUAUGCACUUUACAAGGAGGGGAAGUAUGCUAAACUAACCUAUCCUCUGCAAGAAUACAGCUCUGAUGUUUCCGGCAGAAGUUUCCACCACGGCCGCUUCAUCCAGAGCCUGCGCCGCAAGGCUGCGUCUCUUCCCAAUGUGAGAAUGGAGCAAGGAACUGUGAGCUCGUUGAUCGAAGCAAAAGGCAGCGUGAAAGGAGUCAAGUACAAGAACAAGGAUGGUGAAGACGUCAAGGCAUUUGCUCCUCUGACGAUCGUGUGCGAUGGAUGCUUCUCCAACUUGAGAAAGAAUCUGUGCAUACCGCAGGUGAACAUCAUGUCCCACUUCGUGGGCAUGGUGCUGAAUCUGGAAAACGGGAAGCUCCCACAGCCGAAUCACGGACACGUCAUCCUAGCCAAUCCCUCCCCAGUCCUCUUCUACCCCGUGAGCAGCACCGAGGUGCGCUGCCUGGUCGACAUCCCUGGCCCCAAGCUGCCUUCCAUCUCCAACGGCGACAUGGCCCACCACUUGAAGACCAACGUGGCUCCCCAGCUCCCUCCCCAGCUCCGCCACGCAUUCCUCGAGCAGGUGGAGAAGGGGGACAUCCGAUCCAUGCCCAACCGGAGCAUGCCGGCGUCUCCGCUUCCCACCCCGGGCGCCAUCCUGCUCGGGGACGCCUUCAACAUGCGCCACCCCUUGACGGGCGGCGGCAUGACCGUAGCCCUGGCGGACGUCGUGGUGCUCCGCGACCUGCUGCGCCCGCUAAGGGAUUUCAGCGACGCCGCCGCCCUCACCAACCAUCUCGACUCCUUCUACACGCUUCGGAAGCCCGUGGCGUCCACGAUCAACACCUUGGCAGGAGCGCUUUACCAGGUGUUCUGCCCGGCGGCUGAUGAGGCCAGCAGGGAGAUGAGAGAGGCCUGCUUCGACUACCUCAGCCUCGGAGGGAUGUGCUCCCAAGGACCCAUCGCCCUCUUGUCCGGCCUCAAUCCCAGGCCCAUGAGUUUGGUUGCGCAUUUCUUUGCCGUCGCUGUUUAUGGCGUCGGCCGCCUUCUGCUGCCGCUUCCUUCGCCCAGCCGCGUCUUCCUCGGAGCCAGAUUGCUUAUGACUGCAUAUGGCAUCAUAUUUCCGAUAGUGAGAUCUGAAGGAGCGAGGCAGAUGUUCUUCCCCAUCACCAUUCCUGCUUACAAUAGGGGUGCUUCAGUUGUCAUGAAGAGCGCCAUGUUCGACAUGAUGGCUUAAUUUUUUUUUCACCAACAUACAAGCCAAGAGAGCUAUCUAGGGAAAUCAAUCUUGUCCCAUCAUAACAGAAUUCUUCACAUACAAGUAAUACUAUAUAUAUUUUCAUUCUUUCUCCA